UUGCAGGUGUAGGCUCUUUGAAGACCCGAAAAAAAUCCACUUUCCAGAUGGCUUUCUAUAACAAGGUCGGCAGCCUUUUGAGGCAAGGCGUUUCUCAGAAUGGACAAGUGCCAAUGGCAUCUAUGUUUAAUUCUGCUCGUUACAUGUCCUCCAAGCUUUUCGUUGGAGGUCUUUCAUUCAGCACUGAUGACUCUUCUCUCAAAGAUGCAUUUUCCGGCUUUGGUGAUGUGACUGAUGCAAAGGUCAUCACAGAUAGGGAUACUGGGAGGUCAAGGGGAUUUGGAUUUGUCAACUUUGCUGAUGAAUCAGCUGCCAAUUCAGCUGUCACUGCUAUGGAUGGCCAGGAGUUGAACGGGCGGAACAUUCGUGUGAGUGUCGCUAAUGAACGUCCUCCUCGAUCUGGUUUUGGUGGUGGUUAUGGUGGGGGUAGUGGUGGUGGUUACCGUGGGGGUGACGGUGGCUAUUAAACAGUUGAAACAAGUGCUGUCGAUUAGGCUUUUUAUAUAUUCUUCUUUAGAUUUGAAGUUGUUUUGACGGAUUUUAUUAGUCAAGUUCUGUUGGUCAUAUAUCUUGCUAUGUAACGCCGCAGAGAGUGACUGAAGGAUUCCCCAUAUGCAUGUUAUUCCAAAAUUAGUGUUUAUGGUUGGCUACUCGUUAGAAAUGGGUUUUCUUCUCGAGAUCGUAUCCCUACAAAUGCCAAUGUUGAUCCGAGUUCCCACCUUUGUCCUCAAACCGCUAUUAAUGCAUUGUUCAUUUGCAAA